AUGGUUCUCGUUGUUCGUUGCUUUCUCGAGUUUCGGGUGCAGGUGCAGUUUGUGAUGGUUGAGAUUCCGUAUAAAAGGCGACGAUUAAGUCCGUUUGCUCAAAAAUUUAGGAGUUGGAUUGUCGCUGACAAAGACGAAAGACGUGCGAAAGAUAAAGACGAAAGACGUAAGAAAGAUAAAGACGAAAGACAUGCGAAAGAUAAAGACGAAAGACUUGUGAAAGAUAGAGGCGAAAGACUUGCGAAAGAUAAAGACGAAAGACUUGUGAAAGAUAAAGACGAAAGACGUGCGAAAGAUAAAGACGAAAGACGUGCGAAAGAUAAAGACGAAAGACGUGCGAAAGAUAGAGGCGAAAGACUUGCGAAAGAUAGAGGCGAAGGGCUUGCGAAAGAUAAAGACGAAAGACUUGCGAAAGAUAAAGACGAAAGACUUGCGAAAGAUAAAGACGAAAGACGUGCGAAAGAUAAAGACGAAAGACUUGCGAAAGAUAAAGACGAAAGACGUGCGAAAGAUAAAGACGAAAGACGUGCGAAAGAUAGAGCGAAGGGCUUGCGAAAGAUAAAGACGAAAGACUUGCGAAAGAUAGAGGCGAAGGGCUUGCGAAAGAUAAAGACGAAAGACUUGCGAAAGAUAGAGGCGAAGGGCUUGCGAAAGAUAAAGACUCAUCUCAAAGGGCGUUUCGGUAAAGAUUAUGCCAUCAAUGGAAUUUUUAUUUGAAUGUAAAAUUAUGGUUUUUAUCCCGAAAGUGACAAAAGAAGGAAAAGUUAAGUUGACUUUGUUAGCAAAAUCAUCAAGUCGGCUUGUUUUUGAAAAGAAAAUGAACGUAAAUCUGAUGUUAUUUAACAAUCACUACUAUCUGGUUUUGAAAAAAAGAGUUUUAAUGGAUAAAUUGAGUUGUCUGGUAUGUGGGCAAAAUUUUACUCUUAUGAAAAAUCUAUUGAAACAUGAAAGUAGAAACAUUAAAAAAAUUACACGCGGUAAUACAGAUGUGACGUUAAUCAGUGUAACGGGUGUUGUGGAUGUUCAUGAACUGAUUAUAGAAACAGUGAAAGAUAUAUUUCAAAUACUCGACGACAUACUUAACAAACUCGAAACAAACGAUGAUGGCAUGAUGGAUCAUACAAAUAAUCAAAAUGAUUUAUAUUUCAAAAAAAAAUAUAGCAUGUUACGAUUUUGAAAGUUUGUUGAAAAAGACAACUUUGAGUGAAUUAAAAGAAAAAAGAUUGUAAAAUAUAAGGAAUGGCUUAUUUUCUGAAUCGGAAGAAAACGAUAGAAUGUGAACAGAAAUGGAAGAAAAUAAUUUUUUGAUAGAAAGAGAAGUAAUGGAGGAGUUAUACGAUGAAGAAUACACAUUUGAUGAUGAUGGAUUAACAAUACUUACAUCGAAAGAUUUUAAAGAAAAAAAACUUGAAUUAACUGUUGAAGGAAAAGAAUAUGUAUUCGAAAAUAUUCUGAUAUCAUAUGCUAUUUGUAGUAAUUUGGCAGAUGAAAAUAUAGAUUAUCGUGCGGGUGAUGAAAAUAGUUAUUCAACUAUAUUUCGCGUUUCAAAGGAUCCUUCUGACUUAAUAAACGACUUUGUAAAUGAUUUGUCAGAAUUGACUAGAUUAAAUGAAGAAGUGGAAUUUUCAAGGAAUAAAGAAAUAAUUCUAUAUAUAAAACUAUUUCGCGGAGAGAAUUAUAUGGAUUCAAUCUACUGCUGAAGAGUUGAACUAUUUACAAAUCAGUUGAACAUGAUGAUGAUUUUUUGAGUGCUAUUGAUGAUAACAAUGAUGAAGAAGAAAGGACUUAUUUGAAGGUUUUGUAAAAAUAAGUUCAGACUUGGAAGAUGUUGUUAAUAACGAUCGAUUAAUUACAAUGAGUCAAGAACAAGAAAUAAUGGAAAAAAUUGGAAAAGACGAGGAUACUUCAAUUGAAUGUUAUAGCCCACAAAUCAGACUUUUCAAACGAUUUUUGGAAUAUAUUUGCACUUUGACAAUUUUUGGAUUUAAUAGCAGUGGCCAUGAUAAAGAAUCUGAAUAAAGCUUUGAUAAAGAAAGAAUUGUUACAUACUUUGCAUGAAAAAGGAUUGGAUUUUACAAAUAUUGAGCAAAAAAACAGUCAAAAAUCUGAGGAGAAAGAUAUAUUUGUGAUAAAAAAACAAAGUAAAUAUAUUGAAUUGAUGAUUAAAGUUGAAGCGGAAAGAGUUAAAUUAUUGGUUGUUAUGCAAUUUCUAGCACCUGGAUUUAGUUUGAGAAAUUUUAUUCAAUCGUUUGCUUCAGAUUGUGAAAUGGGAACG